AUGUUCAAUUAUGAAGCAGAUGAUGAAAGAGGUAGUGAUGCUGGAACAAUUUUUCGACAAGAAUAUUUUGUAUAUAUUGUUGAUCAAGCUAUAAGCUCAAUGGAAACCUGCUUUAAACAACUAGAAUCUUACAAUGAUUACUUUGGAUUUUUAUUUCGAAUAGGGAAAUUAACAGAAAUGGCAGAUACAAAUAUUUUAAAACAUUGUAUGGACCUUCAAAACAGUUUGACAGAUGGAGACUCCAAAUAUAUUGAAGCUAUAGAUUUACAUGCAGAAUUGAUAAUAUUCAGAUCUCUUGUUAAUAAAAAUCAAACUUCUCUAGAAGUACUUUCAGUUAUUAAAAAUUCCAAUGGUUCAUUUCCUAAUAUUAGUGUUGCUCUUCGAAUACUUUUAACCAUUCCUGACACUUCGGACUGUACAGAAAGAAGUUUUUCUAAAUUAAAAAUAAUAACAAAUUAUCUUCGCAAUAGGAUCAGUCAAGAAAAGCUUUCCGGGUUGUCUAUGAUAUCUAUUGAAAGUCACGGACUAAGGACUAAGACGAAUACAGAUAUUGGGUUGUUGAUAACUAAUGCUGAAACAGCAGUAAUAUGUCCUAAUGAAGUAUCUUAUUUUGUGAACAAUCCACCAGAUGAUCAAAAUAAUGACAAUGCAACUAUUAACAAAACCAAUGAUAAAGAUUUUACAACCAAUUCACAUACUAUUGAUACAUUUGAAACGAAUGAAACAUGUACAAUGGGCAUAUAUCCUAUUUGCUUACCAAUAAAUGAACAAAAUAACUUUUCUGAACCAUAG